AUGGAAAAUGUUUCUAUCGUUAGAAAUUUCAUUCUGGUCGGUUUCAACGAGUCAUUUAGUUACAGAAUAACGCUCUUCUCACUCACUUUACUGUAUUACUAUAUGAUUCUGUUUUUCAACAUCUCCAUCAUCGCCAUUAUUAUCUUAGAUGAAGACCUGCAUGAACCGAUGUACAUCUUGUUGUGCAGUUUUUGUGUUAAUGGACUUUACGGGACCACUGGUUUCUAUCCUAAAUUUCUUUUCGAUCUGCUGUCGCCUGCUCCUGAAAUCUCCUAUUCAGGAUGUCUCCUCCAGGCUUUUGUCAUGUACUCGUUUGCCUGCUGUGAGUUGUCCAAUCUGGCAGUUAUGGCCUAUGACAGGUACCUGGCUAUAUGUCGACCGCUGCACUAUCACUCUCUGAUGUCCAAGAGGAGGCUCUCUCAGCUGGUGUGUUUCUCCUGGCUCACACCUUUCUGUGCUUUCUCCAUCAAUGUCGGGCUAACGUCCAGACUGAAGCUGUGUGGCGCAAACUUACAGAAACUCUUUUGUGUGAACUGGGUCAUCGUUAAACUCGCCUGCUCUGAAGCCGACACAUUUUCAAACCAGACAGUUUCAUACAUAAUAAUUUUAUUCUAUUUCUUUCAUGGGGUUUUCAUCAUUUGGACAUACAUGCAUAUUAUUAAAACUUGUGUGAGAUCCAAAGACGACAGUAGAAAGUUCAUGCAGACGUGUCUGCCCCAUUUUAUUUCUAUGAUGACGUUCAUUGUUGUGAUAGUUUUUGAUUUGAUGUACAUGCGGUUUGGCUCCACAGAUUUGCCUCAGGGCCUUCAAAACUUCAUCGCUAUAGAAUUUCUCCUCAUUCCUCCGCUCCUGAAUCCUCUCAUAUACGGAUUCAAACUGACCAAAAUACGAAAUAGAAUUCUGUUAUUAAUUCAAGGUGGAAGAAUAUGA